AUGGAGGCCUCCAGAAGCCAGGGACUCGAAAGAGCUGCCGAAGCCCAAAGUGAGAGCCCCAAGCUGGGGGAGGGAGUGCAGCAGGCAGGCUCUCUGAGGGUAAGGGUGGAGGGGAGCGUUUUAACUGUGGACCGGGCUUUGCUGGAGCAGUGCAGUGAGUACUUCCGCGCGCUCUUCCGGUCUGGCAUGAGGGAGAGCCAGGAGGAUGAGCUGCAUCUAAAAGGAGGAGUGCAUGCACGGGGUUUCCUGAUCGCUUUGGCAGUGUGCAGGGGCGAGAAACUUUCUCUACAGGACCCGGAUGAACUAAUAGAGGCCGUGGAAUGUGCUGCCUUUCUCCAGGUGGCGUCACUGUCCCAGCACCUCUGCGAUAUCAUUGACUCUGACAACUGCCUCCUGCUCUACCAUGCGGCGACCAUCUUUGGUCUACCCAACCUGUUCCACUGUGCUGCCCUGUUCCUCUGCGACACCUAUAGUGACCUGAAGGGGGAGGCAACAAGCACGCUACCAGAGGAGUUGGUACGGUAUGCAGAGUCUUUGUCGCCAGCAUCUUUCGUCGCUUUGGGAACCCACUCACCCUCUAUGGAGCUGCUGAAGGACUCCUUUAGGAACGUGUGUUACCUGGACGAGGUGGAGGGAGAGUGGAGGCACCUAACAGACCUCCCCACUCACGCCAGCACCUCCAUGGCGGGCGUCGCCGUCCUGGACAACCGGCUGUAUGUGGUGGGGGGUAUUUACGGCUAUGGCAAAGGCACGGUGGACGGCGGCUUCUGCUACGACCCAGAGACGAGUACGUGGAGCGUGCUUCCUGGACCCCAACAGCCCCGUGCCGACUUCACCCUUCUGGGGCACGAGGGGAAGUUGUACGCCAUCGGUGGUGAGCACCAGAAAAUAACCAUGUCCUCCGCCGAGGCUUAUGAUGUAGCCACAGGAGAAUGGGCGUUCGUGCAGUCCGCACCACGGCCUGUGGCAGCUGUGGCAUGCGCCAUCGCCCGAAGGCGGAUGUUUGUGUGUUUCUGGAGGCCGCCAGACACCACGGAUAUCUACGAGUACAUCCCGGCGAAGGACGAGUGGAUGUUAGCCACCACGAUGAUUAGGCCGCAGAGCUACGGACACUGUAUGGUGGCCCACAGGGACAAUUUGUAUGUGAUGCGCAAUGGGCCCUCGGACGACUUCCUACGCUGCCUCAUGGACCGUUACAACAUCACCACGGGACAGUGGACCGCCAUACCAGGAAGUUACAUCAACACUAAGGGAGCGCUGUUUACCGCCAUGGUCAGGGGUGACUCUGUGUUCACGGUCAAACACAUGCUAACUCUGGAGUAUACCAUUGCUGGGGACACAUGGAAACCCCGUAGGGAGACGAAGAAAGGCUUUCCCAAGAGUGGCUCACUAUGGACAUGCUUACUGAGGCUUCCCAAGGCUGGCCUGUAA